GCCUGGGCCGCGCAGGGCACUACACAUGUGUACUCAACGUUCAGCCUGAGAGAGCGCCCGGCGGCGCCGCCCGCCAUACAUUGCGCUGGUCACGAGGACCCAGGACGUCAUGCACCGCAUAAGUACUGCUGCGAGAGUCCUUGACCUUCGCCACCAUCCCACUCGCAGGGCAUGCACGCUCUAGCACUCAUCUCUGUCCUCGUCUAGCUGCUUCGAAGUCGCGAUGACCACUGCGAAGAUCAUCUACGGUACUGCGUGGAAAAAGGAGCGCACGACGGAGCUCGUUGUCAGUGCAGUCCUCAAUGGGUUCCGUGCUAUCGAUACCGCCGGCCAGCCUAAGCACUACAACGAAGAACUCGUAGGCGAGGCACUUGAGAUCCUACAGAAACAGCACGGCAUCAAGCGAGAGGACCUCUGGAUCCAGACCAAGUUCACCUCGCUAGGCGGCCAAGACCGCUCCAAACCGCUCCCCUACAACCCCAGCGACCCCAUCCCCACGCAAAUCCAGACCUCCGUCCAGAACUCGCUCAAGAACCUCCGCACGACCUACCUCGACAGUCUCCUAUUGCACUCGCCGCUCUCACGCCUGCCCGACACCGUCGCCGCGUGGCGCGCGCUCGUCGAGCUUCAGGACUCCGGCACGGUGCGCACGAUCGGGAUGAGCAACACGUACGACGUGCGUAUCCUCGAGAAGCUCGAGCAGGAGACCGGGCGCCGUGUGCAGAUCGUGCAGAACCGGUGGUUUGAGGGCAACGCGUGGGAUAGGGAGGUCUGUCGAUACUGUCGCGAGCGCGGGAUCCAGUACCAGUCAUUCUGGACACUCUCCGGCUCGCCCUCCCUCCUCGCUCAUCCAUCCCUCCGCGCUGUCGCCCAGGCAAAGCACUGCACCCCCGCGCAGGCGCUCUUCCGGCUCGCACAGCUCCACGGCGUCACGCCACUCUCGGGAACGACGAGCGUCCAGCACAUGCAGGAGGACGUUGCCGCGGAAGAGAUAGAGCUCACUGAAGAGCUGAAGGGUGGUGAAGCAAGGGACAUCGUGAGGCUUGUGUGGGACGAGUGAGUGAGUGGUGCUUCAUGAGAAGCAGCAUGAUGAACGGGAUGUGGACGAAGGUCACUGAGCGUGUACGAUAGCUGAUGUGUAGGCAAGCCGACCCAGUUCUCAAUACAACAGGCAAUGCCAACUACACGGAAACGAGGUCGUAUUCUUGAGGGGUAGAGACAUCUAAGUCCACGCCAGCGAUGGUACAUACUUACAUAGUUUGAAGCUGCGUCGAGUGAAGGGUCCGCAGCCAUGACGCGUCUGUGGCUGACAGAUCUCGCCCCGAUCUCAGGCGCCGUCACGAUGUUGGCGUCACGGUCGACUUGUGCUUUGCCAUUUCGACGUCAACACCUGCCCGACACAGCGGACAAGUCGGUUUUUAACAAAUCGGAACAUUGGUCUUACAUAGCAAGGGUCAGUAGUUUUUUAAGCGGCCAUGUACGGUUACGUAACAU